AAACUCAUCCGUUAUCAACGUGACAUUGACACAUUAAUUCUGUGAUAAUAUUGUAAACAAAUACAAAAAAAUAUACAAGUAAACCAAACAAUCACUUAAUAUUAUAGUGCGAUGUCUGGUUCAUAUUUCAUGUUGAAAUUCUUGAAAAAUAUACAAGUUCAGAAACAGCGUAAGUUACACCAGAAUCAAAAUGCUCUUGAUAGCCCCGAUAAUGAUAUAAAAAUGAUCAGGACCGGUAAAAAAUGCAGAAUAUGUUUGAAAGAAGGUACCAAACCAAUUUUUACAUCAGAUAGUAACUCUGAUAUUGCAGAAGCGAUCCUAACAUUUGGGGGCAUAGAAGUAAGCGAAAAUGAUGAUUACCCGAAAUAUUUAUGUCCGACGUGCCAUAAUUUUCUUCAGGAUGCUUUGGCUUUUCGGAAAUCAGCUCAAGAGACAGAUACACUGCUUAGACGACCAACAGUUCUAGAUUCAGAAGAAGAAUCAGACGCCGUCAAUGAUGGUGAUGUCGACGAUACCUUCGAGCCAGUUAUUCUUGAACAAAAGCGUAACUCAUACCCCUGUAACCUAUGCAAUCUCAAUUUCAAAUCAUAUGAUGAAUUAUUAGCACAUAAAAACUCAAGAACUCACAAAAAAGUUCGUAUACAAUGUCCUUUGUGCUUCCGACUAUUGACUGCUCAGUUAUAUAAAAAACAUUUACUCAGGCACCAGUCUGCAUCUCAUCUAGUCUGUGACACCUGUGGCAAAUUAUAUCGUAAAGAUAAUUUAGUCAGGCAUUUGCAGCUGCACAGUUUUGAGCUGCCCUUUGAGUGCAAGGUUUGCCCAUAUAGGGGGAGGUUUCUGGAAUCCCUGAAGAUACAUAUGCGAACUCACACAGGUGACAAACCUUUUUCGUGUGACAAAUGUGAAUUAAGAUUUUUAACUCGAAGCAACUUGAACAGACAUCUAUUAACUCAUAAAAAAGAGAGGCCAUUCAAAUGCCCUGAAUGUGGAAGAGGGUUCUACACUCAGAGGGAUAUGGACAUACAUUUUCAAUCUGAUCAUGCUGGUCUUAAAGAUUUUGGGUGUAGAGUGUGUGGUAAUAAGUAUGGAACCAGAAAGGCACUAAUGAGACAUGAGUUGAGGGUGCAUAAGAGAGAUAAAAUGACAAAGGGGAGAUUGCCAUUGUAUUUACAAGCUGAGUAUCAGAAACAAGAUGAAGCAGUGGAUUGAGAAAGAUAAAUUAAUAAUAAAUUAAAGUACUAUAUGUAUAUUUAGUAUCUAUUUGAUAUGUACUUUGAAUUUUUGAUGUAUAAAGAAACAUGUUAGACUUGAUGUAGGAUUUGUGACUAGUAUGAAAUGUAGUUAUAUAGUUGGCUAGAAGUAGUUUUAAAUAAAAAGUAUUAACUAUCUAAAAAUUAAACCAUAAAGUUUAUUGCAUCAAUAUUUAUUUCAAGAAGUGUAAGUAAUAUCUGUAAGUACUUAAUGUUUUUUAAUACUUUCAAUAAAUAUUUGAAUCAAAUAUUAUAAUCUGAUUGGACUAGAAUGCUUUAUAGAUCAUUGGUUAUAAAUAUUUGGCUUUAAACCUAGAGUUUACAUAGACAACACUUAAUACAUUGGUAAAUAAAAUCACACACAUUAAAUAUAACUCUUGGUGAUCUACUGAACAAUGGAAGAUUUCAUAGUAACUAUUUUAGUAUAAAUAUCUAAAUAAAGGCCACUUUAUCACUUAAGUUACAUUUAUCGGAUGGACACAAACAAUGGGCAAGGCUUUUAUGGCAUUCUUAAAUUACAAUGUUUCUUAUUUUACAAAACUGAAUUUAAAAUGAACAUGUUCAUUACAGUUAGUUGUGUUAGAAGUAUUCUAAGAGCUGUCCUAUUUGCUGAGGUGUCAUAAGAAUACAGUAAUGCAUUAUUACAUAGAUGUAUAAUAAAGUAUCAGUUAAAUUACUAUUUUAAAAAUAUAGUCAAGUAAAAAAUUAAAUGUUUAAAAAUUGUAUUAUUUAGUUAUGAUUGUGUUGCAUACAUUUAUGUAAAACUGAUUUGGCAAGAGUAUGCAUAAGUACUGACUAGAAGUUAAAAUCUUAAAAUACUUAUUUAUUAAAAUACAUGUUUUUUUUUUUACUAUAAUAGUGAACUGGUAUAAAUAAGUUCACAGUCUUGUAAUAUAAGUAACAAAAUAGUUUUAUAAGGACUCAUAUUUCUUCCAGAAUAGAAUACUUUCAAAAUAACAGUUUAACAUGUGUUUGUGCCUCACACAGUAUUUCCAAAUCUUGUGCCACAUCUAAAAUACGUAUUUUCAACCAGAAUAACUUCAUAAAAAUGCUUAACAAGAAUAUAUCCUGUAGAUAAAAUAGUAAUAACAAUAUGUUUCAAUAAGUAAUAAACAUUAAAACUUUGGAAACGGUAAAAAA